CGGACGUAUUCCUUUUAUCGAUGAGGGCGCUUCUUUCUUUUCAGCACGUGGCUCAGACGGUAAAGAAUGGGAAAGCCAAGUGGUAUUAGAACAGCAAGAAAACAUGUUACUCAUCGCCGUGAACAACGCUGGCAUGAUAAGGAUUAUAAAAAGGCACAUCUUGGGACCAGAUGGAAGGCCAACCCCUUUGGAGGAGCAUCUCAUGCUAAAGGCAUUGUUCUAGAAAAAGUGUCAUUUCUCUUUCUAAUUACUUUACAGGAAAAUGAUGAAGUACUGGUUGCAGGAUUUGGGCGUAAAGGUCACGCUGUUGGAGAUAUUCCUGGAGUACGUUUUAAAGUUGUGAAAGUUGCUAAUGUGUCACUUUUAGCUCUGUACAAAGAAAAGAAGGAAAGACCAAGAUCAUAAAACUAUUGCAUACUUUGUAUAAAGUUUAUGAUGACCAAUAAAACUUGAUAUUUUGGUUUAAACAAAGUA